AAAUGGAAGACAUAUUAGCCACCUAGCUCCACCGCCAGCCACCACCGUCAUCCUUCCCUCGCGCCGCCCCCCAAACCUUAAUAAUCAAAAUUUAAAGCCCCCAAUUCAAAAAGACCUCUUUGAAUUUUGAACCCCCAAGGCCUAAACUAUGUCUUAUGAUCCAUCGCCGGCGGCUAAGAAACCUCAAUCACUUCCUUGGACUCACCCAGAGACUCUCAACCUAAUCCAAGCCUACCAAGAAAAAUGGUACUCUCUCCAGCGCGGCCAACUCAAAGCCAACCAAUGGGAGGAGGUCGCCGUAACCGUCGCCACUCGCUGCGGCCUCUUCGAUGAUUCCGCAGCCAAAACUGCCCUCCAGUGCCGUCACAAGAUGGAGAAACUCCGCCGUCGCUACCGCUCCGAACGCCAAAACCUCGGCUCUGCUUCCCCUUGGCCUUACUACGACGCCAUGGAAGCUCUGGAGCAAGGGCCUUUGCCUAUCUCGGCUCGACCAUUGACUUCCAUUGUUCCAAACGGACAUGAAGCUGGGAACUACUACCAUAACGACGACGAAAACAACCCAAUCGAGGAAGAAGAAGAAGAUGACGAAGAACAUGAAGGAGGAAACCGGUUCAGCAAAAGCCGCAGCAUCAAUUACAUAUUGCGGCGGCCGAGUGUUGUGAACCGGUUUUCUGGGCUAAUGAAGAAAAGGGUUAGAACAGAAGAGGAAGGGGAUGGUGAUGCAGCAAUAACGGGAAAGGGGGAAGAAGACAAAGGAGUGGAACUAGCAAUGGAAAUUAGGAGAUUUGCAGACAGGUUUAUGAGGAUGGAAAGGAAAAAAAUGGAGAUAAUGCAUGAAACUGAAAGGUUGAGAAAGGAAAUGGAAAACAAAAGGAUUGAGAUGAUAUUGAACUCAGAGAAGAAAAUUGUGGAUGCCAUAUCAACCAGUUUGGGGUCACAAACAAAGGAGUGAAGGUGGAGCAAGAUUUGGGUUCUUCAAGAAACUUUCUUCUAUUGGAGCUUCAGGUUGUAUAGACUUAUUAGUGAUGGAACUGAACAUAAUUUUUGAACUGCAAUUGUUGAGAUUUUGCAUUUCUGCUCUCUCUGGUGCCUAACUCUUUUGAACAGUAUUUCUAGUCUGAUCACAUGAUUAAGCUUUGAAACUGUUUUUAUCUAGCAAUUGUUCUAGUGGGUUGUUUUCUUCUAUCUUUGGCUUUCAUUGAUGAAUGAUGAGCUUAAGGUCAUCCACAGUA